AUUUGAGAACCACUCUAACACAGCUGCCCUCUACCUGCACCUGUGUUAGUGUUGACACUGUAGCGUUACCAUUCAUGUAGGUUAGACAGCAGCUACAGUCCCUGUUGAGUGGAAUGCCAAAGUGCAGGUAUGUCUUCUUUUAGUCAAGUUAAUUCAUGCCAUGCCCUUCAAGCUUUUUCAGCCAGGUGUCUAUGAUGAAAAUGAUUGGAGACCACCCACCCCACACCCUCCAAACUCUUUUUUUUGGAUAAGCAGCAGCCUGUGCUCCCUCCUUCCUCCCCUCCCUGCUGCCCUCCCUCCUUCACCUCCAUCUCUCUAAACCACGCAGAACAAACGCUAUAUUCAUCUGCUCCAGCCUGCAGUCACUGAAGCUCCCUGCAGGAACUCACGGGUACUUUUCCUCUUUGCUCUUGGAGUCUCUCUUUCUCUCUUUUUCCCUCUCUCCCUCACCUUCUCACUGCACAAUGCCAUUCAUGCCACGGUGUGAAACCAGGAGAGAAUCCCGCUGCUGUGUGGAGCCAACAAUGUGGAGAACAUGCAGUAUUUUUUGCGCAUGGAGUCUACUGUUUUUGGCACAAGUCUGUGCACAAAGUCAGAGGAGACCAGCCUUUACAUGUGGUGGAAACGUCACAGGAGAUUCUGGAGUCAUCGGCAGCCAGGGUUACCCAGGAGUUUAUCCCCCAAACACCAAGUGUGUGUGGAGAAUCACAGUCCCUGAGGGAAAGGUGGUGGUCCUGUCAUUCCGCUUCGUCGACCUGGAGAGUGACAACCUGUGCCGCUACGACUAUGUGGACGUUUAUAGUGGCCAUUUCAAUGGACAGCGGCUCGGCCGCUUCUGUGGGACGUUCAAACCAGGGGCCUUGGUGUCCAUGGGCAACAAGAUGCUGCUGCAGAUGGUGUCUGAUGCCAACACAGCUGGAAGUGGAUUCCUGGCGGUCUUCUCCGCUGCACACCCUCACGAAAGAGGGGACCAGUACUGUGGAGGCAGACUGGACAAACCAACGGGCACUUUCAAAACACCCAACUGGCCAGAGAAGGAUUACCCAGCAGGUGUGACAUGUUCCUGGCACAUAGUGGCACCAAAGAACCAGAUCAUUGAAGUCAAGUUCGAGAAGUUUGAUGUGGAAAGGGAUAACUACUGCCGCUACGACCACGUCUCUAUUUUCAAUGGAGCGGAAAUCAACGAUGCUAAAAGGAUUGGGAAGUACUGCGGCGACAGCCCCCCAGAGCCCGUGUUCUCUGAGGGGAAUCAGCUCCUAAUCCAGUUCCUGUCAGAUCUCAGUCUCACUGCAGACGGCUUCAUUGGACACUACAAGUUCAGACCAAAGAAGUUCCCGACCACCACGAUACUUCCCACCACCACCACACAGCCAGGCACCACCAGGCCCAUACCUCUGAAGUACUCCAUUGCACUGUGCCAGCAGAAAUGCAAACGGCGAGGAACACUCGAGAGCAAUUACUGCUCCAGCAAUUUUGUGAUUAGUGGGACUGUCAUCACUGCGACCAUGAGAGGAGGAAGUAUGUACGCCACAGUCUCCAUCAUCAACCUGUAUAAAGAAGGCAGCCUGGCCAUCCAGCAGGCAGGAAAGACCAUGAGCACCAAAAUCACGAUCUUGUGCAAGAAGUGCCCGUAUGUCAGGAGAGGCUUGAGCUACGUCUUCAUGGGCCAGGUGGACGAGGAGGGCCGCGGGAAGAUCGCCCCCCACCACUUUGUCAUGGCGUUCAAGGCCAAGAACCAAAAAGGGUUGAACGUCCUGAAGAACAAACGCUGCUGAGCUCCUCCAGGAGCUCCGAGGAUCGGCACUCGACUACUUUGACCUGAGGCUCAGAGGUGGAUGUAAACGAUUAAGGAGAGAAGACACUUCAUCUCAACAACAUACAUGAGGUAUUUUAAAAAAAAAAACAAAAAAAAACUUCCUCUACAAUUCCCAUUUGUGUUAAAAGGAACAAUGAGGGAGUUGUGUUUGAGUGCUUUGAUGUUGGCCUAAGAUGAAAAAUGGAACCUUUGUCAAGGAUUUCACAUGUGUUCUACAUCUCUGGAUGGAACUGAUUUUUUUUCCUGUAAUUUUAAAAGCACCUGAAGUCAACAUGAGCCGUAGAGCGUGCAGAAUAACAUUUUGGAGAAAAGUUUCUGUAAGUUCUAGACAAGAUUCUUUUUAGGUCUGUAAUCAUUUCUUAGAACAGAUGAAGAAGUCGGUUUUGGAAAUUAAAAUCGCAUUUAGAAAAAAAUACCUAAACCUAAGUAUUCAGUCAAUAAGAUCAUCAGGAAAUGUUACUGAAAUCUGAGUGAGAAGCCGAUCUCUUUUGGGUCGUUUUCCAAAGCCAAAUACGACCGUUUCUUAUUAACAGUCUAUGGAAGGAAACCACAGAUUAUUUCAUUUAAUUGCAGUAAAGUGAUAUUUCUGUUUAAUUACACUGUAGUUCUGUAAACUGAAUCUGAUUGGGUAAUAAUUCCACAGACCACAGACCUAUUUGUUAAAACUGUGUCUGUGCACGUUUUCUUUGACGUUCCACGUUUUGUGUAUUGUUGUCCUCCAUUGUGAUUGUGUGCAAUGUCAAUGAAAUUUGGGGUUUAAUUUUUAAUAUAAUUUAAAGACAAAGUCUGUCAAAAAUCGUCCCAAAUAUAUAUCUAAGCCUUUAGGCCUCCAACUGAGUUUUACUAAAUGGGAAUAACUCAUGUGUAACGAUGGGGUUCAGAAGUGGGCGGGGCUUGGAGGUUUCUUAAUGUGGUGAUUGAAGUGCAAUAUUUAAUAUCUGCAGUACGUGACUCUUUCAAAUAUAUAUAUAUAUAUAUAUAUAUAUAUAUUUAUGCUGGUUUUUAUGUGAAACAAACAUCUUUGUAGCUGGAGCUCUUCCUCUUAGUUUACGGAUGCACCAACAUUAGUGUUCACCAUUUACUCACUGUCGUUGUUUGACAAGGAAGAGGUGUGAAAGAAAAAUAUUUUCAUACGGAAAAUAAUGUCUGUGAAUGUUAUUUAUAUUUUACUGUUUUCAACUGCUCGAAUAAAAUAAAAAAAUCUA